CAAGUCAUGGGGCCUGGUUUUGAUGCCUAAUACACCUUGGAACGCACGUUUUGCUCUCUCCUUUCUCAUCUAAGAACGCAUCUUGCACAUCAUCAACGGUGCUACGUCCAAUGUAUACCUGAUUUGUCCUACCCUUUAGGCAUUCUGUCGGCGGCGAUUUCCUCUCAUGCCUACUGUGUUCAGUUCUUAGAUCACAAACUACCAUGGCGAACACGAUCUAUAAUGGCGCAAUUAGCGGAGAAAGCUUCGUGGUCGGGCCUCAGGUCAGUCACGGCGGUAUUAUGAACAUCCACUUUGCCAAUAGAACCGGUCCCGUCACUGCAAUCAGACCGCCCUUUUCCAAUGUUCCAUAUCGUUCAGACCCUCAUCAUAUCGACCGGCCGAAGAUCAUGAAAUGGCUUCGGGAAAGACUGGGCCCGCCAUCAAAUUCUACACACAGUCGAGCUGCGCUUUUCGGACUUAGUGGCAUUGGGAAGUCCAAGCUCGCCAUCCGCUACGCCGAAGAGUUCCAAAAGGAAUUUCCACAAGCCUACGUAUUUUGGGUGACUGCAGGCAGCAAGGAAAGCUUUGUCCAAGGAUUUCGUCGGAUUGCUGAAGACCUUCGGCUUCCAGAUCCUUCAGGUUCAGGCAACGAUAUGCUCAGACGGGUGCGGAGCUGGCUGUGUGAUAACGAGAACGUACAAUGGCUCCUUAUCCUUGACAACGCGAAUGACUACCGCGUAUUUAGGGAUCAAAGAACCACUAGUGAUGUUCCUCCAGCCAUAGACUCGGAAGCGCUUGAGACGUUUUUGCCACAAACAGACAACGGCAGAAUCCUGAUCACGUCCUGGAGUCAACGGACAGCCGAGAUCUUGGCACUCAGCCACGAAGAUACCUGCGCUGUCCCUGAAAUGGAUGAGGAUCAGGCGAGACUGCUAUUCAGCAAAAAGCUCGGUGAAUUCGGCGAAAGCGACGAUAUUGUACGGAAGGUUGUUCUUGCCCUGAACUGCAUCCCUCUUUCCAUCUCCCAAGCGGCGGCAUACAUCCACAAGCUACGGCCUUGGAUGACGUGUGCUAAAUACUUGGAGAAGUUCAAUGGCAGAAACUUCGUUGUUCUCAGCAGUCGUGACAGCGAGGGUCGAUACAGUUUUGAUGCGAAAAAUCGGGAAGUUGAGAUCAAAACCUGGCAGAUCACUUUCAACCAAAUACGCGACGAGCGGCAGUCCGCUGCUGACCUGUUGUCCUUGAUGAGCUUCUUUCAGCCACAGGGAAUUCCGGGCUGGGUACUUCGGAAGUACUACAGCGAGAGGGACAACAAAGACAGCAGCACUGAUGCUAGCAACGAUGGCGAAGAUGAAUUUGAGGAUGAUCUCACCCUGCUACGCGACUAUUCCCUUGUGACGGUGGCUCAAGACGAAAGAUCGUUCCAGAUGCACAGCCUUGUACAAUCUUUCACCCGAAGCUGGUUGGAAACAUCGCAAGUGGACCACAACUGGAGGUGCUGCUUUCGGCGACUGAUGAUCAACAACUAUCCCCCACCCGUGGCAGAAAGGUGGGGUGUGUGUGGCGAGUUAACGCCACAUAUUGAGCCCUUGGUGACUACAACUGCGCGUCAGCUGGAAGAUGUAGACGAAACAAUUUGUUUUGUAGAGCUACUUCGCAAAGUCGGGGAGUAUAAUCUUGCCAUGGCUAUGUACGAGACGGCGUUGAGGAUCAUCAAUAAAGCCGAGCAACUGGCUGUGCAAAUGCUGGGCCAGCAAGUAUGCCAGGGGGGCGGGGGUGCUGACACGGGCCCCCACCCAGGCUUAAAGCCAUCCCACCAUACCGUCCGUCCACUCAACCCCCAGCAUAUGGCGGUAGCGACGGCGAGGUGCUUGGCUUGAAGCCAUGCUUGAAGUAGUUGUGAUACGCGUGGUGGCCUCUGGGCUUCGCGUGCAGUAUUAGCGUUCCUUGACAUUGCUAGAGUAACAGACGACAGGCUUCAUCUGCCUACCUAUGUAAAAAAUCUAGCCGCAGUGUCAGGACGGUCAACUUUUCUCGUAAUCCGCCCAAUUAUAUUCAUCUUUUUAGCGCCG